AACCACUUGAUACACCCACACAUAUGAAGGGAGCUUUUUCAUUACAAGCCGCUUUUGUGUCGGGGGCGGCGCGCCGGGUAUAAAAGCCCGACCGACCGAUGCAGCCCCACAUUCCUGCCUGUGAUCUCACUAGCAACACGCGCACUUAACUUUAACAAAUUUCCAAUAUGUCUUACUACGCAAACAACGAAUACAUCAUCGCGACAAACAACUCAAUGAACGAGAACAAAUACAACAGUGAGAAGAUGAAGAACAGCGGCCUGAAGGCGCUGCUGAAGCCUCUGAUGAAAAUCAUUAAGAGGACUACGAAGCGAGUUCCCGCCAAAUCACUCAACACGUGUUUCGAGGAGGACCAGAACUCUAGCAACGAGAUGCUGGAACGCAAGCUGUACGCUGAGGUGGAAUCCUGCCAAAACGCAGCCGCCUUCCUUGUUUACAACGAAGACUCCACUUGUGACGUCGUACCAGUAACCCCAGAAAACUUCUAUAUCCCUGUACAUUUCGCGAGAACCGACGCCGGCACCUUCUUCUGGACCACCGUUUCCAAACAAGAAGCUGACUUCGCAGAAGCACACUGCUACACCGAGUGCCAGACGGCUGAACAGCAACUCCCCGUCUUCCAAGACCGCUGGGUUCAAGCAUAAGUUCACAGCCAGAUAAAAUCAGUGUCUUCCAAUGAAACCAGUGUCUUGGUUUCUGUACCCGUCUGUGAUGUUAGCUUUAAUUUAAAUUUUACAAGGUGCCAUAUAGGGAUAAGUUAGGGUUAACUUUGCUCAAUCGUGAUAACUCCUCGAAAGCUUUAAUUGUAUUUCGAUUGUGUUGUGAUAUUUUUGAUAAUAUUUUGUAUUGUAUAAAUUAUGAAUACUUAGAUGUAGUGAGCUUAAUGUGAUCUUCCUUAAAUGAGCUUUAAUUGUUUUUAGGAUUAAUAAUUUAUAGACACUUGACUCGAUAUUGUGUCAAAUUUUUGAAAAUAAAAAUGAAUA